UUUUAUUACACACAAAUCCCUUUCAUAACAAUGUAGCUCCAUAAUUUCUUACAGAGCAUUCAUACUUAUGUCGCUUUUCAGUCACUUUUGCCAUUACGCACACUUGGAAACUGUGCGCCUGUGCCAAACUCCUCACCAUUGUGCGAGUAAAUAGGAGAGACGCCCCACUUCUUCCAACGCGCCGUGGUCCUGGCUUUGGAGAUGCAGUCAAAAGUUGGCAGAGUUGUCCACGGUGUCAAGAGGGGAGCGAUUCAGCCAGAUAUGUAGCGACAAAACCGGAGGAACAAGAGCGAACAUGCCACACUGGAACGGUUUGGGAUAGGAAACGCGCAUUGUUAGUCCGCGGUUUAACUUUAACACAAAUGUAGCACUGGACUUUUUGAAAUCUGAUGGAAGUUGAAGUUGACGACAGCUUUGGAAACGUGCACGCAUGUCCAAGGGAUUUUGUCAAGCAGAUGAGUUUUGUCAUGGACGAGCAUGGAUCCCAGACGCAUCCCAGGCAGUCUGCUACGAGGGUGUCCACUAAAAGCAAGGCCCCAUCUCCCCCUGGCCUGGACAAGUUGAAUUCCACAGAGCUUUCCCAGUGGUUCCCGGGAACCCCACCCACCCUCACCAUGGACCACAAAGAAAACCGGAUGGACCAAGAACUCUCCCUCACUGUGGUACUGCCCGGAGGAGUGGAAAAGAUGACAACAGUUCACGGCAGCAAACCCCUCAUGGACCUAUUAGUGACCCUUUGUGCAAAAUACCACCUGAAUCCAUCUGGGCAUACCCUGGAACUAGUCACCACCAACCGGAACAACAUCAAACUGAAGCCCAGCGCACUUAUAGGGACUUUGGACGCUGAAAAGGUGAUCAUCAAACCCAAAGGAGAGGACAAAAACAAGAAGACAGGCCCCCAGAUGCCCGAGGCAACCGUUCGCAUGGUGAUAAACUAUAAGCAGACACAGAAGACCAUACUGAGAGUGAACCCGCGCAUCCCGCUGGCUCAGCUCCUACCGGCCAUCUGUGAAAAAUGUGAAUUUGAAGUGGAGAGCACCGUUCUGCUGAAAGAUGUCAAAUCACUGGCCCCUCUGGACCUGUCGGCGUCUCUUAAUGAUUAUGCAAUAAGAGAGGUCUAUGCAAGAGACACUCGAGUGCCUGCCUCUCCGGUGUGUCCCGCCUCACCCGCUCAUUCAGGAUUGGUCACGCCAGGCAAAGAUAAAAAUCAGAAGGAAGAAGAAAAUAAAGGCCUCUUCAGCAUGUUCAGGAGGAGCAAGAAGAGCAAACCAGAGAAGGCUACUACUGCCAGUGCCCCGUCCUCCCCAGUGCUGCCCCAGAGCCGACCGCGUCCUCUCAGCAUGGCCUUACCCAGCACCAACUCCUCUCCGUUUGGAUCUGACAUGCCCAAGAAGAGACGCGCCCCCCAGCCCCCUAUCCUGGUGUCCCAACAGAGCUGCCCUUCCGACUUCAGCCCCAGACACAGGCUCUACUCUGAACCUUGUGCCAGGCUGGAGAGCACUGAUCAGACUCCUGUUCUAAGUCGUCAAUCCUCGACAGAUUCUUCACUGAAAAGGACCAAGAGGAAAGCUCCUCCGCCCCCCUCCUCCCCGAGCGUAGUAGCACCUGAAAUUUUCUCUCCAGACGAUCUGCAAGCUAGCGUACCUGUUACCACACUGGAGGAAAUAAGGGAGCAAGAGGAGACAAUUUCUCCCAUCUCUACAACCACCAGCACUGUCCAGGACGAAACUACCCAGAAUGCAUCUCCAGACAUUACACUGCAAACCCCGCCCACCGAGACUGCAAUCGAGACGUCUAUAGAAGAGAAUGGGGGAGACCUGUCCUCAGAUGGCAAUAACAGCCAACUGCACAACGAGAUGAACUCUUCUGAAAAUGCUACAGAGCUGGAAAAAGUGGAUUCUGAAGAUGUGACUAAACUGGCAGAUACAAGUGAGCCGUCUUGUGAGAGCAUCCAGGUCAACAGUGACACGCUCCCCAGCCCUGCCCGCCUACUGCCUCCUCCUCUGCUCCAAGAUGCAGAGACCCAGGCCUCCUCCCCUUCUCCUCCUCCUCCUACUUCUUCUCCUCCUCCUCCAUCUUCUUCUCCUCCUCCUCCUUCUUCUUUUCCUUCAUCUCUUCCUCCUCCUCCUCCUCCUCCACCCUGCGAGGACUCUGCACCCCCGGGAGAGCACGCUGUCACUGAGGCAGCCAGCCAACCGACCCUCAGCACCGCGACGCAAAUGACUGGAGAGGAUGCACAAGUUCAAACAGACUUGACUUCACAUCCUGUUCCUCUACAGCAACAUCCAGAUAACGUUCCAUCAAAUACCCCAUCUUCUCCCAGUCUGUCCGAAUCAGGGAAAAAAGACAUGGCCACAUUGACGGAUGACUUAGAAGUGACUUUAAACCUACCUGCAACGCCUUCUCCAUCUAAGGUACCUUCAUCUGAACUUGAAUCAAAACCCAAACCAUCUAACGAACUCACGCGAGACUAUAUCCCGAAAGUAGGGAUGACAACUUACACUAUAGUGCCUCAAAAAUCACUUGAAAAGUUGAGGUAUUUUGAAGUAGCCUUAACACUGGAAGCCCCACCUCCAAAUUCACAAGAAAACGUUACUUUGCAAACUGCGCAACAAACUGUACAGUCACAUAAGGUAGAUCAUGAGAAACGCAAUACUACUAGCGUUACCCCAAACACUGUAAAUGGGAGUAUCCAGGAGUCGGCAACAACAAACCAUGCACCACCUACAGCUACUACUUCUACGACAACUACUACUACAGAUUUGCAAGUAGGUUCACCGACAGAGGUCAAAGAAAUCAAAAUUCCACCCGCAACCAAGCCAAAACCAGGAUCUUUCCGCUUGCAACAGCACAAAAAAACACCUGGCUAUUAUGUAACAUCUGCUGCGGAGAAGAGUCAACUCAAUGCGAGCUCUACCAACCAAAAGCAAGAAAAAAAAGAGAGAGAAGCUCUGCCAUCCCCUCCUCUUUCUCCCUUGCAGUCUCCAGUGGAGCCAGUAGAGGGAGGCAACGUCACAACAAGUCCCAAACAGGAGCAUAAGGAACCAGCAAUAGUAAGGCAAAGCAGUGUCCAGCCAAAUUUGGGAUUAAGUUUAGAGAAGUUGAGGAGUUUUGCGGCACCAAGGCCCUACUCUCCGUCUACACCAUCCAAGUUUGCGCAAGCAGUGACCUCAGCGGUGAAGAGGAGUCAGUCCCUGUCCAUUACAACGCACUCGCCCAGGUCACCCACCCUCUCUCCAUCCUACUCCCCGACCCGCACCCCACCAUUUUCACCGGUCAAGAGGCAGCCUCCGCUCCUGAGGUCAAAGGAAAAGGUGGAUGAAGUUGAGGAGCAGAUAGAGAAGGUCUCCACAUCAGAUCAGGCACAGUCUGAUGCCCCUUUGAUCAGUGGCAUUGUUGAAGUGGAAGGAGUCACCAAUUUAUAGAGAUGCCUUAUCUUCGGACAGUAUGCCAGCUACUGUAAUACAAGAGACAAUAAUGAAAAAUGUAUUAUAAAAUAUAAUUAUAUUGUCUACACGUUUGUUUUUCUGUACUAGUAUGCACUGUAUAUAGCGUAUAAUUACUGUAUUUCUCACACUUUAUAAAGUGACCUUAAUUUGAACUGCAUCUUUAUAAUUAUUAUUGAUUGUAUUUUAGAUUAUUUGCAUUUAAUGCAUUAAAAUCUCCAUAUAAUGUUAAACUGUAACCCCAAAACAGUUGUUUAAAUUAUUCAUCUGAUUUACAGAGUUGUAAUUAUUUUUAACUUAAUUCUGGAAAUGUACUUUUCUGUCCAGUGCCUUCCUGGUCUUGCCUACAGGCACAUCUAUUCUUUAUGCCUUAAAUGCUAAAUGUAAAUAAAUGGAGAAGUUGAGUUACAGAUAAAUACACUGAUGUGGCAGUGCGCGUGUGUCUGACUGUACUGCUGUGAAUAAAGACUUCAUCAUUGUGC